AUGGGUAAUCUCAUCAGCCGGCCCAGCUGCCUGGGCCAGAAGUCCAAGCAGGUGAGGUCCGACGAGGACUUCCUGAAGGAGUGCUACCAGCGGCGCAGCGAAUGGCAAGCUCCGCCCCCGACGCACCACGGGGAGGCCAGGCGGGAGGAGGUGGUCAGAGAGAGGGAGGAGGAGAGGGUGACAGACAGGACGAAGGAGGAUGAGGUGUCUCACAGCAACACCCCUCCCUCGGACAAACCCCUCAGGACCAACCCCUCCCCCGCCCCCACGGUCACCACCACCAGUACUCUGGACAAUGUCUGGCUCGGCACCCCCUCCCCCAUCAAGACUUCCAGGAACAGCACCCUGACCAGGAAGGCCGUGGUCCCAGAGAUCCCCUAUGGGAGAUCCCCUCUAGCCCAGCCUGGCUCAGUCCCAGGCUCAGCGGAGAGGAGGGCCAGCUUCCAGAGGAGGGACUCCAGAGAAGGAAGCCUCCAGAGGAGAGACUCUAGAGAGGGCAGCCCCUGGUCCUGGAAGACCCUGGCCUCUCGCGAGGUCACGGAGGUGACGGAAGUGACAGAGACAGUUGUGACAGAGAUUGUGGAGGUGACGGAGUACCCGUCUGGAGAGAAGGGCGGAGACCCCAUAGUCACCAGGACUGUUAGGGUUCUGACUGGAGCGGCUGAGGAACUCGCUGAGGUCAAUAUAACUUCAACAGCCUCUCUCUAAAGUGUCUAUUAUUAUUCAGUACAGUAGAUUAGGAUUAGAAUUUCCUUUUUUCUCCCCCUUUCCAUUCCAUUCUUUCAUUGAACGUCUGAACUUCAAUCUUUACCACUCUGCAAUUUCCUUAACAUCUCUUCAGCAGCAUGUGCUACAGAAUGUGUUAUAUUUUUGACAGGACGGCCCUCUUUUUCAGAAAAGUAGAUUGUGCAAUGUAGUCGGCUGAUGUGUUGACUUGUAUAUUUCUAUCCCAGCUACAAAGCGAUGGACAUUCUAGUUCAGACCAAGAUUCCAGCUUGGACCGUUGGAGGGUAAGAUAUCCAGUGCAUUGCUCUGUUUUUUAUGUGCACAGUAUGAAGGUAACACUGACAUUACUGCAUGGUUCCAUGGUUUCAUAUGGUAUGGUUACUAUAAACAGUGUCAAUGCUGUGUCAUGCUCUCUCUUUCCCCAGGGAACGAGAUCUGCCUUGACUCUGAGAGAUGAGUUUGCAGAUUCUGAAACGUUCCAUCAAUCCCUGGAAGCACUGUUGACCUGGGUCUGUGAGAUAGAGGAGCUGACAGCCAAUCAGAAGCCUCCAUCUUCAGAGGUCAAAGUGGUGAAAGCACAGCUACAAGAGCAGAAGGUUUGUUACAACACGGUACACAAAAUAUCUAAACUUACACAAAGCACCCACGGCUAAGUAACUAUAUGUUUGAUCAAAUGCACGAGGAUACUUUAUCAAUGGAAAAUGGCACUGAUAUCAUGGAAAUAGUAAAAUGCUCCCUUUAUUAUAUGAAAUCCCUUGUAUUCAGGGCUGAACAGGGAAGGUUCACUCUUACAAUUCCUGGGGUAAAAAAAAAGAGCCAUUCACCUUUCAGUGUGAACCAGCUCCCAUUGUGAGUACAGUGGGUGAGGUGAAACCUGCCUGGCUCCUCACAAUGCAGGCCUGACACUUGAGAGGGGUCUUUCACCGCACUCACACAAAGGCAGGAGAGACAAGAAUAAGACACAUAGACCAGAAUGUAAAUUCUCAGGGCUAGCAAGUAGCAUUGACUCUCUGCAGCUAAGACCUGAGUCGUCUGAGUUGUAGUUGUGCUAACUCAUAAUACAUCUAUUUGAGAUAUUCUCUGGCUUUACACUUCACUGCUCAAUAGUUGUAGCCUAUUUUCAAGCAUUUGUAAGAUUACUCUGGAUGUUCCAAAGUAGCUCAUCCCCAAUUUAUCACAGGUUUUGACUUUUAAUCAUUGAGAAAAUAUCCAUGUGUCUCAUCAUCAGAAAGACAAUGAGUAAGACUUGGCGUUUUCCCUGGUCAGGUACUGUGGUCAGAUAAAACUCCUGGUCAUAACAACGAUAAGGCAAUGGCCGAGUAUCCAUUAUCAUCUUACAGCUCCUGCAGCGUCUCCUGGAGGACCGGAGGCGUAGUAUGGAGACCAUGAUGCUGGAGGGCCCUCAUAUGGCCGAGGCCUUCCCAGGGGAGGAGGGGGAGCAGGCCAGAGUCCAGCUCUCCACACUCAGACACAAAUGGGAGGCCUUACUGGUAGAUGCAGUGAACAGGUCAGCUCAUUGAACUGUGGGGCUCCCCCUUCAUGUUAUGUUAUGCUAUGCUAUUCUAUGCUAUGCUUUGCUAUGCUAUGUCAUGUUGUGUUUCGCUUUGCUAUGUUAUGCUAUGCCACCAUGCCGUUGGCAGCGUGGGCUGAGCUGUAAUGUAAUGGAUGUUGUGCAUUGGUGUUAACAGGCGGGGCAGUCUGGAGCUCAUCCUGCCCAGGGCCCAGCUCUUCCAUGAGAGGGUGGACAGCCUGCAGCAAUGGCUCAUCUCUGUGGAGCAGGACCUGGCCGAGCUACGCAAUGCUGAGAGGGAAAUGCUACACCUCCCCGAGGCUACAGAGCAAGCCAAGGUAGGACAUCAUCAAUGCAUACUUUUCUUCCGUAUGCAGGCCUAUACCCUGUGCCAUAUACUGUAUGUUUAUGUAGCAGAGGAGGCUGGUGGGCGGAGAAAUCGUCUGACACAAAAUGUCUGACAUUAUUUUGUCAUACCCCUCAGGCUGUGGUGGAAGAGAUCAAGGCGAAAAACGCUGACUUGGUGAAAGUUCAACAGAGCGGUCAUGAUCUCAAGGAGAAUAUUUCAGGUAACAUAAAUGCCAGUAUGAAAAACAAAAUGUAUGCACUCUGGAUAAGAGCGUCUGCUAAAUGACUAAAAUGUAAAAAAAAAAAAAAAAUGUAAAAAAAAAUGAAUAAUGCAAAAUCAAUGUGUUCGUAAAUGUUUACCCUUACCAAUACACAAAAUUAAUCAACAGAUUGCUUACCUAGCAAAGUGAAACAACAUGAGUAGCGACAUGCUAAAAGUAGCAACAUGCUAAAAGUGGCUACAUGCCACAGGAGGCUGCUGAGGGGAGAACGGCACAUAAUAAUGGCCGGAACGGAGCAAAUGGAAUGGCAUCAAACACAUGGAAACCAUGUGGUUGAUGUAUUUGAUACCAUUCCACUAAUUCCACUCCAGUCAUUACCACGAGCCCGUUCUCCCCAAUUAAGGUGCCACCAACAACCUGUGCUACAUACUAAUAGUGGUAACACACUAAAAGUACCAACAUGCUAAGAGUACCAACAUGCUAAGAGUACCAACAUGCUAAGAGUACCAACAUGCUAAGAGUACCAUCAUGCUAAGAGUACCAAAAUGCUAAAAUUAUCCACAUGCUAAGAGUACCAGAAUGCUAAGAUUAUCCACAUGCUAAGAGUAGUCUUUGUGUUGGUGUGGUCCCCACAGAGGAGGAAGCCCAGCAGGUGCAAGAGCGUGUAGACAGCCUGAGGAUACGCUGCUCGGUGUUGAGCCUGACCAGUAGUGACGUGCUGCAGAGACUGGAGCAGGCCCUGGAGGCAUCCAGCCGCUGCACCUCCAGCCAGGAAGACCUCCACCUGUGGCUGGGCCGCAUCGAGAGGGAACUGCUGGGGCCUGCUGGGGGGCAGACUGGGGGUGGAGACACUGUGCUAUGUGCUGCAGAGAGACAGAGGGUAAGAGGCAGGGCUUAGCAAUGUUGCCUGUGACCAUAACUGAUAUGAAGUUGAUGGACUGCUUACUCAUGAGUCACGACUAUUCAUUGGGUCCCGUGCAUUUAGGCAAUAUUGAUAAUCUUCUGAUAAGGAAGAAGUAGUAGGAACUCUGCACACACUUCAACUAGACAGCAAUGUGUACUUUUGUUAACCUGUCUGUAUGUGUGUGUUAUUGUCAGUUGGAGCAGGCUGUGGUGAAGGAGAUGGCCUGGUUCAGAGACACUGCCUUGAGCCUGGAGCAACUCAAAGCCAUUAAUCUGGAGCCUGACCUUAUCUCUGCCCAACUCUAUGAACAGAAGGUGAAGAGACCCAUUGGAACUACAUUUUAAAAGCUACUUUGUCCCUUAGGGCCACCCUAUACAAGCCUGUUCAUCCACCUCUACAUAUGCUUUGUUUUGUUCUACAACCACCUAUGUAGAUUUGUAUAGAGGUCUGAUGAUGUGUGAAGUUUGAAAAUAUUUCUUGGUUUGCGAAGGCUUGUACGUUUGCAUUAAUUUUAGAUUGUAAAAUAUGCCAUGCUUUUGUGUUGUGUACGUGAAGAUCCUUGCAGUGGAGAUUCUGCAACACAAGUUCAACAUUGAGAAGAUGGUGAAGAUCGCUGAAAUCUUGCAGACAUACGGUGAUGAAGGGGAAAUAGGGGAUCUGCAGGUACAUACUGUACCAUCUUACCCAUGAUAUCAUCUGAAUAUAAAACUUUCAAACAAAUAAGACAAGCUAAUAGCAUACAGGUGAAAUGAAAGCUGUUGUCAUCCUAUCUCCCCAGACCCCGUUGGAUGCCUUACAGGAACAAUGCAACACCACGUCAGCCACCAACUCCCAUGUGGUCCUUCAGCUGGAGCAUGCCCAGUCCCUCUUGGUCCAAUUCACUGAGGGUCUCGCUGAGGUGUCACCAUGGCUACAGGAAACCCAAGCGCUCAUUGGCCAGCUCUCCCUGAGCACCAUUAGUUACAAGGCAUUCCGAGAACAACAGGACCUCUUACAGGUAGCAGAGACCUGCCUCUGAGUGGAGUGCCAAUUAUUUUCCCCCUGUUCAACAAUGAUGCCCUUUUAUACUUUAUAGUUCCCCCUCCGUUUUCUGCUCAAAUGUGCUGUUCUACUAUUCUUCCCUUUUAGAUUGUUUGGCUCCGUUAGUGUACUUUAAUCUACUUCCUGAAAGGAUAACAUUGAACAUUCCCACAGGUUUAUAAAGACAUCUCUAUUCUCCUAGGUAGUUAAUGGAAAGUGAGACAAUGUGACCUGUUUUACCUUCUUCAACAGUUCUUAGGGAUAGAAAUGAGACUUCUCGUUUUUCAAACAUAGCCAUUUAAGUGCACUCUAUAAUUCCUUUACCAUACCAAAAACGUUAUCUGGGUCAUAUUCAUUAGUUACUAAAUGGAAGAAAACGGGGAGGAACUACCUGAACUUGUCCAAUAAGAAACAGUCCUUUUAGUUUUCAGUUGCAAAACUUUAUACUACUGUGUGCCUGAUGAAUACAACCCAGAUCUAUGUGUGCAAGGAUCUAUUUAUCUGACCACUAACCGUUUCUCACCAAGGGCCUAAGGGAGUCCAUAGCAGAGCAUAGACCUCUGAUAGCACGGCUGUGCUCGCUGGGGAAGCGUCUGUCAGAGCUUAGCCCCGCCCAGGGGGAGGAAUUUUGUCAUAGCGCCAAAGAGGCUGAGGAGCAGCACAGGGCCAUCAGAGACAGGGUCAGAGAGGCUGCCAAUCUAUUGGAAGAGUCCCUGCCCAGAUACACACAGGUGACAGUUAUACACACACUGCUGCAUGACGACACACGCGACACAAACACACACAUCCGAAGCACACGCACUCACACACACAAGCAUAAAGACACACACACAUGAAGACACACACAUGGUACAUGUAUACAGUACACAUAGUAGUCUCGCCAGACUCUACACACUGUGAGAAGAGACUAUACACAUAGAAACAUGAAAACAUUGGACCAUCACAUACACACAGUAACACAAUGAUCUCUUGUCUCUGUAGUUGAAUGAGAGGAUGAUGCUGAUUAGAGAGAGUCUGGAUCGUCUGCUUGGCCACAUGCAGUCCCCAGCAUCUCUGCAGGGCCGGACUCCACGCAUCCAGGAGCAGCUACAGGACAACAAGCACACCCUGGCUGAGCUCUCCAAGCUGGAGCUAGGCCUGGGGAGUGUCCGUACCCAGGCUGACGAGCUCCUGGCCAACACACAGGCAGCUGGGGACGCCUCCAUCGGCACAGGUACACUCAUCACAAAGUGCCCAAAAUGUUGGUUCUUUGCAUUAAAUGGUUGGGAGUAUAAAGGGUGUGUAACUUUCUUUGUGCAAGUUGUUUAAAUCAAUAUGAAACUUUUCUGUUUAGCAGCACACAUCUGGAGAGGGAGAAUACAUAGCAGGUGUUUUGCUUGUGUGUGUGUGUGUGUGUGUGUAUCAUUAAUUUAUCCUGAAACACCUUUGACAGAUGCUGCCUAGGUUACCUACAAUGGGUCUAAUUGUUUUGGAGUGUGUAGAGAAAGUAAUUUCUCUCAGCCAGUGAUACUAUGAGAGAAAAUACAGAGAUGUCACUGUGACUUGCAAUGAUUGUGAUAUGUGGUUGUCUGCUAAAUGACUAAAAUACAAUGUAUUAUAAUGACUGUAUUCUGUGUUCUCCCCAGCGAUCCAGGAGCGGGUGUCCAGCCUGUGCCAGCUGUGGGAGGAGGCUCAGAGGCAGGCUCAGGAGAGAGAUGGCUGGCUGCUCAACCUGCUGGACCUGGCCCUCAAGUUCUGGAGCGAUGUUAGUGACGUGACAGUCGGCCUGAACGAUGCCCAACAGGCUGUCCUGGACCUGAACGCCAGUAGGACAGACUCAGAGACCAUCCGCCAGAGCCUGGAGACCAUGCAGGUAACUGUGGACGGUGGAGCUGUUGGUUUGACCUUAGCUGCUCAAGAUGAAUGAAAUAGUUCAGUACAAUUUCCAGUGAAUGUGUUUUUUUCAUCUUGUCAGGUGCUAAGACGGUCCAAGACGAUCCAUUUCUACUAAUGUACUCUAUGCUGCCUGCUACCAUUUAUCUCCCUUCUUACUGAUUCCAUUGUGGGGUCUCUCAACCUUGACUAUAUCGCCUUACAGACACUCAGGGAGGACAUCGACAGUCUACAGGGGGACCUGGACACGCUUGGCAUUCUGGGAAUGGACUUGAUGUCAGCAUGUGGGGAUACAGACAAACCGGAUGUCACCAAGAGCUUAGAUGAGGUGAGGAGUGAGAGGAGUUAACAUUUAUGUUAAUAUUCAUUUUCCGUAAGACCAUCAUUUUUCAAUGUGUUUCUAAACAACUACAUCACUGACUCCUAAGCUCUACUGCACAUGGAACAACCUGAGUAAACUCUGGAGCGAGUGUCACAAAAAGCUGGAGGAAUCCUUACAGAUGGCUCUACAUUACCAGGACACCAUGCAGGUACGUGUGUGCGUAGUACGUGCUUGCAUUCGUGCGUGCGUUUGUGCGUGUCUGUGUGUGGGAGCUGGUCACUAACAUAUCCGUAUUGUCACAUAGCUUUGCUUGGCUACCGCUUCUCCUCUUAACUCCCCCAGCGCAGUGGCACUCAGCCAACAAAGAAGUCCACUAGUCUUUUAUGUCCAUUGCAAUGGCAGAAACCAGACUCUAGCUCCCUGUAGUGUUGGUGAUGAGUGACUGACAGACUGUGCACUUCCCUGCCAAUGGGAAACAAAUGGUGUUGAUGGUGUUAACUGUGAGAGACGGUCUAUACCCGAGGUCUGGAAAGCCAGCCUCAGUGUCGCCACUUGUACAAGUCAGCAGGAUUGCAUGUUUCAUUGUUCAGUAUGGAAGUUAUUUCACCACCUCAAAAUACAUAGCAACUAUUCAUAGUCUUUUGUGACACAAACUUGUGCGUAUAUGAAUGAAUUAUGUUUUAAGCAUAUAAAAACGAUCACUUUCUUGUUUUUCCACAGGGGCUUUUCGAGUGGCUCAAGUCAGCAGAGCUGAGAUCAACAGAGGAGUUCUUGGUAGGAACUGACCUGGAGUCAGUCAAAGAGCAGCUGUGUGAUCUCAAGGUGAGUCUACUCUACACAAACAGAACACACCGAUGAGCUCCCACUCUGUCCUAACCUCAAACCAAUCAUUUAUCAUGGGAGCAAUAAGCAAGACGUUCCAUAAUUCUCACUUUAAGCCUUUUAGUCUUUUGCUGAAUCUGACAGUUCUUUCUACAUUGCCAGCUCCGUAAAGUAUAUGAAACCUGUGCCCUUUCUCCUCAGGAGUUUAAACGGGAGCUAUACCAGAAGAAGAUCGAGAUCGAGAGCCUGAAUCACCGUUUUGUGUGCAGGCUGUCUCCAGGCUCUGAGCGUCCCGGCUCUGUCUCUCCCCUGUGUGACUUCAGACAGCGCUGGGACAGCCUGGAGGCAGAAACCGUCAGCAGACAGGUCAGACUCCACUCAAUCACUCAUCAAUAUGUGGAAUUCAAUUGGCUGGGACUGGUUUCCCAGACACAGAUUAAGCCUACUCCUAGAUUAAGAAGCACUUUCAAUGGAAAAUGUCCAUUGAGGAUGUUUUUUAGUCCAGGAUAAGGCUUAGUCUGUGUCCAGGAAACCGAUGGCUGUUCAGUCUUUUUUAAUGGCUAGGGUUAUGGUAUUGAAGAGGUCUGACAAUGCGUUUAAUGUGUUUUCACUACUUGUGGUUGUAGCAUCAGCUGGAGUGUGCCCUGAUGGGUCUGGGUCAGUUCCAGAACACUCUGGAUGAGCUGCACACCUGGCUCUCCCACACAGCCGACCUCCUCCAGGGCAGUCGGCCAAUCAGCAUCGACCUGCAGGCCUGCGAGAUAGAGCUGGCCAAACACAAGGUUCGUGACUUAAAUGAAUCAACACAAUUUAUUGGGAUCUAUGCCAUUUUAAAGCUUCUGACACCUAUGGGUGUAUGUGUGUUUGAGGAAGGACAAUGCUAUUGGAUUGGUUGGUAGGCAAAUAUCAAGUGUAUUACAGUUAUGUCAUCAAGUGUGCUACUACUCUAGGUGCUGCGUAAUGACGUCAUGUCCCACGUGCGUACGGUGGAGUCUCUGAACCAGGCGGGGCGGGGCCUGUUGGAUCCAGGGACUGGGGACAGCCCUCACGGUCUGCAGCCGCGGCUGGAGCAGCUGAACGAACGCUGGGAGUUUGUCCGCUGUGAGACAGAGCGCAGACAGCUAGAGCUGGAGAACAACCUCAGUCAGGUGUGGAGAGAUUGGGAAUGGGGAAUAGACCAAGUGGCAAAUUAAAGGUUAUUGUUCAUGAUCCCUUCAUCUCUUUUUCUCAUUCACUAUCACAUAUGCAAAGAGAUACCAAACUUAUUAGAAGUCUUAGGCCUAACUACUUAUUAGGUUUCUCCCAACAUUGCGAUAUCACUGGUCCACAGUACUGAAUGAUUAUCUGCGCUGUGGUGCCUUCUAGGGGUGAGUGUCUGAAUAUUACUGUCAUAACAGAUUAGUAAUUGAUUAUAAAUAUGGUUUUCAGAGAUUUUUUUUUUCUUCUACCCUAGGUCCAAUAUGUUACCAUGGAGAUCCAGGACCUUCUUCAGUGGUUGGAGAACACAGACCUGAGGCUGUCCUCCAGUAAGACAAUGUGGGGGAUGCCUGACUCUGCCAGCGAGAGGCUCAACGCACACCUGGUAAGGCCAACUCAACACCUCACACUAACUAUACCCCACCUCAAUAACUGACCUAUCCAGUGGCUAUUUUAGCAUGUCAAUCUUGGUGGGGCAAAAAAAUUAUAAUAUGCAUGCCAGCAAAGCCACUACACAACACAACACUAAACAAUAUAUUAAUUGCACUAUAAUGGUGACAAACAGUGCCUACAAACUGUUAGGGUCUACAUAAAGCUGUCCCGACACCUUACCACUGUUACACCUGGCUAUCAGCGGAGCCUUGUCUGGCAGCGAAACAGUUCAUUCGGCCUCAUUUACUGCCUUUAAAAAAAACAUAGCUGAUAUGGCUGACUUGCUUAAACAAAUGUGGUUUCUACUGACAAUUGAGAUGUACAAACUAUAAGAGGCAAUCCGUAAUUUCGAUUAAGACAUUAAUGAGCACACUAGGACGGACAUAGUCAAUAUACCUAUUUGUUCAGCACUUUUGAAAUGUACAGCGACAGAAUUCAGAACAUGGGCCGUUCUUACAGUUUUCUCCCUGUACACCAAGUCAGAACCGUAUGAUAAAUAAAGGGGGAUAUAAGCAGACAAUGAAAGCUCUCACAAUAUUUGAUGAUUACAUUUCUCUAAAACAGUAUAUAGGCUACAUGUGCACUACCAAGUCAGAACAGUAGACUAAAUUAUGAGGGGAAAAUAUACCAAAUUAUUCGGGUGAGGCACAUGGGCUACUAACAGCUUACUACACAACAUACACUUAGUAUUACUUUCUUAGCUACAGUAUACAGUGAGGAAAAAUGUAUUUGAUCCCCUGCUGAUUUUGUACGUUUGCCCACUGACAAAAACAUGAUCAGUCUAUAAUUUUAAUGGUAGGUUUAUUUGAACAGUGAGAGACAGAACACUUUCUCAUCUGACCACAACACUUUCACUCAGUUCUCCUCUGAAUCAUUCAGAUGUUCAUUGGCAAACUUCAGACGGCCAUGUGCUUUCUUGAGCAGGGGGACCUUGUGGGCGCUGCAGGUUGUCAGUCCUUCACGGCGUAGUGUGUUUUCAAUUGUUUUCUUGGUGACUAUGGUCCCAGCUGCCUUGAGAUCACUGACAAGAUCCUCCUGUGUAGUUCUGGGCUGAUUCCUCACCGUUCUCAUGAUCAUUGCAACUCCACGAGGUGAGAUCUUGCAUGGAGCCCCAGGCUGAGGGAGAUUGACAGUUAUUUUGUGUUUCUUCCAUUUGCGAAUAAUCGCACCAACUGUUGUCACCUUCUCACCAAGCUGCUUGGCGAUGGUCUUGUAGCCCAUUCCAGCCUUGUGUAGGUCUACAAUCUUGUCCCUGACAUCCUUGGAGAGCUCUUUGGUCUUGGCCAUGGUGGAGAGUUUGGAAUCUGAUUGAUUGAUUGCUUCUGUGGACAGGUGUCUUUUAUACAGGUAACAAGAAGAGAUUAGAAGCACUCCCUUUAAGAGUGUGCUCCUAAUCUCAGCUCGUUACCUGUAUAAAAGUCACCUGGGAGCCAGAUAUCUUUCUGAUUGAGAGGGGGUCAAAUACUUAUUUCCCUCAUUAAAAUGCAAAUCAAUUUAUAAAAUUUUUGACAUGCGUUUUUCUGGAUUUUUUUGUUGUUAUUCUGUCUCUCACUGUUCAAAUAAACCUACCAUUAAAAUUAUAGACUGAUCAUUUCUUUGUCAGUGGGCAAACGUACAAAAUCAGCAGGGGAUCAAAUACUUUUUUCCCUCACUGUACAUAUCCCCCUGGCAUAUUACAUAAUUUAUGCAGCAGCAUACAAUAAAUUUUUGGACUCACCUUGUUGUGCUCACUUGAACAGGAAUGUGGCACGGUGGUUCUUCAUGGGCAAAUUUUGUCAUCAAACUUUGUCAUCAAUGUCUGGCACUCUCUGGAUUUAUGGUGCUUUUAAUACAACUGUGAAAAAAACAAGGUUGAUUCAUGAUGGCGUCAGUGAUCUUCAGGUCGGAGUUCUAGAUAGAGGCCCGAGUUCCCGACUUAAAAUUCCGAGUUGGAUGACCGUUCAAAACGUAUUUUCCCAGUCGGAGCUUGUUUGUUUCCGAGUUCCCAGUUGUCUUGAACUCACUGAAGUCUAAGAUUUCCCAGUUCCAAGUUUCCAGUUGUUUUGAGCGCUGCAGAAGUCAUGCUGGAUUGACAGCAUGGCCAAUGUUGAAUGUUGAUCCUUUUAAGAUUGGAAAAGAGACCGUUAAACCCAGACUUGGACCACACACCCACUCCACUGAAUAGCAGGCUAGUGAUUGCUUUGCAAUGCUUGCAGUUAGUCACUGAUUCCUUCCAAACCACUCAUUGUUGAAUUUGCGAUUUCCAACUUGUUGUGUAAUGUUUAUGUCCAAUGAGCACCUAUACGUUUUAUCUAUAAUUUAUCUUCAUUAUUUCUCUGCAUAUGACAAGGAUUGAAAAGGAUUUGCCAGUAGAUUGUCGACUUGAUUCAUGAUGAUGACGGCUAGCUUGCUAGCUAAGAUUUUGAAAGUAUGAUAUUGACAUGAUCAGUCCAAUCAAAGCUACUGUACUGUAGAUAUAACGUGAUUUGACGUCAUUUUAUCUGUGGCCAAUGACCUUGAGCCUUCUUGGAUGGGCACUUCUAAUGCAACUCUAUGGCAGCACCUAAGGGGCUUGAAUUUUCAAGCGCUAUCUGUAUAUUUUGUGGUGACGUAGUGUCCCCAUGACUGAAAGAACACUGAGCCAAUCACGGCACAACUAGAGAACAUUACCAACCCCUACGCUCUGUAUUUUCCGCUGGCUGCCCCACCCCCACAGAAAGCACUGAGCUAGGCUGAAACACCUGCAUUUUGGAGCUGCCUUACUAAAGAAAGCAAAAAAGAGACCAUGUUUGUAUGUGGAUUUAUGAACUCAAUUAUUUUUUAUAUUUUUUAUUACAUUGUUUGCAAACUAAUAUGUGACAUGUAUGAAUGCCAAAAUAACAUGCAAAACAGGCAACAACAAAACAGGUGGGGCUCUAAACUGCCCUGAAUGAUGGGUCGCCACUGGACCUAUCUAGUAACUGCCCACUGAAACUGUCCUGUGCACUUAUCAAAAAAUGAAAUCCAAGUUCAGACGUUCAUAAAACUAUAGGGUGAGACCACUUUCCCCAUCCACCUGUAUCUCAUUGAAACCCAAUGUGUAUUGUAAUUGUAUGAUUUUUACAAGGUUUUGCCUCAGCUCAGAGGAACCUACUCUUUGACUGUAUGCAAACUUUACAGUGUGGCAUUGAGCAACAAUGAUAUCUAUAUAGCUGAAUAUCCCCAUCUAGUGGUUGAUAUCUUUAACGACAGUACAUUCAAACUUUUUCUAUUAAUGUGUAAAUUCAAGUGUGAAUUCAAUGACUAGGCAGAUGCAAUUGAAACUUACAGAUAUUAUUUAUUUUGAUUACUGACAUUACAUUUUUUAUAUACUGUAUCAACUGCUUAAAACACUUGUUAAUUACUUCUGAGAUAGCAGUGUGUCUUAUUAUCAAAGGCAAGUCUUACUGUUAAUUACAUGGAGUUUGAGUCAUAAACAGUUUUCACAACCCUCCAGCUAAUGUCAGUACAUAAAGUAAUGACAUAUGUUUGUAAAGGUUGUCCUCACUUGA